ACAGUGGCCAUAGCCUCCUUUGGUCUCGCUUACAGUCUCGCCAACGGUCUCGCUUAUGUAUAUCCAGUGUUCGUGCUGUUCGAGUUUUUGAUAUGUUUGCUCUUGUAAAGUUUUUAGAGGAGUUUGACAGCAACCGCCUCUAUGUUGUCGAUGCCGACACUAUUUUAGACUUUCAUCCCAAAAGCACGGACGACUUCGAUAACCGCGCCAUAUAUUCAGUGUUCUGGGUGGACGAGAACAGCGAGAACACGCAGGCAUACAAGGCCCAGGUACUGCUGCUGGCUGAAUCGAAGGAGGAGCUGGACAAUAAGAAAUCUUGCAAAAGAGUCCAAAUCCCGAAAAUACGGAUGGACUCCGACGACGAUGAGCCCAGCAAUAUACAAGACCGUAAGGAGGCAUCACAAAAGCGCAAAAAUGCACAAGCUCAUGCGAAGUCGAACACAUACGCGAAAAUUCUGGAGAAGCACGUAAAAGACGUACAAAGGAAGGCCAAGGGCGACUCGUGCAGCCAACCAAGGCACCAAGGCCCACUCCAGAAGAAACCACGCUUGAAUGACACAUCAUCAUCAGAUGAUGAUGAAUCUUUGGUGUCAGCGAAGGAGCUUCGGAGGGAGAUAGCCGAAAAAAAAAUGUGGAGGAAAAGAACUGAGAAGCUGGAGGAGGAGAACAGCAUUUUGCUGCAACAAAUACAAUCGCUACAGCGUUGCCUUGAAAGCAAAAUAUUUCAAACAGAAGCCAUUCAGAGCCCUGGCUGUAGCAUGGAACCGAAAGGAACUCGGCCAAUACAAGUCACAAAAGAAAAACAUGGCAGGAUGGAAAACUUUGCUUUUGCCAGGAAAGCAGGCGUCACACCAGAAGCAGCGGCCGUCUCGUCAGGUGCAGCCACUGAGGAGAUGUCUGGCACAGAAGACAAUCCAUUUAGGGAAGAUGACUCAGAGGUGGACAAAGCUCGUUGCAUAACAGUGCCCGAGACGGACUUUGUCCACCUCCCUGAUGGAUCGUUUCACCUGGCGAAAGGUGUAAUCAUAACGGCAAGCCAGGCAGCGAAGAUUCUAAACAACAAAAAAGCCACACUCGUCUGUAAAGACACUGCUCAAGCCAUCUGGGGCACGGAGGUUCUCUCCGAACGGAGUGUGUGUGGGGUGGCUGCACCAAAGGCAAAAGCCGCUGGACAGUUGCCGAAGCAGCCCCUCACACCUGCAAAAGUGGACGUUGUGGCAGCCACAGUCCGCCACUGGGGCACUAUCAAGGGCGAAGAUGUCACUUCGACCAUUUCGAACAUAACAAAAGGUGUUGUCUGAAAAAAUACAAGACGCCCGAAAAUCAACAAAGCGGCUCACGUCUGCAAUUAUGCCUAGAUAAUAUGUUGUAUAUGUAAAUAAACUUCUUAGCCCGCUGAAUUGU